GCCCAAGAGAACAUCCUGCACUUCGUCAACCAAGACAGCACCACCCGAACCAUCAUCUUCACCGCACAAGCCGGCCUCGAAGAGAUCCCCAGCCUCGUCAUCCCCGGCCUCGGAACCGCGAACCAGACUAUGCCAAAUAGCUGGAUCGGUAACUGCUACUCCGUCUCCGAGGGAGCUCCCAACGUUCCGGGCAUGCUGGCAGAAUUCCGCUUCAACGGCUACGCUGGCGCCUGCUACUUCGACGUCUCCGCCAUCGUCAACCCAAACGACACCGAGGGCGUCAAGAUGAUCUUCCCCAAGAACAGCGACACGCCCGUCUCCGGGUGCCAGACAUUCCCCUGCUCAAACGCCUACAACAAAUGGGACGACGUCGCGACCCUGUCCACCCCCGACAGCGAGCUCGUCGUUCUCCUUGGAACCCUCAGCAACGCGCGCAGACGCGGCCUCGUGGCCCGCAUGCCCCGUGAAUUCGUC